AUGAAGCUUUCUCUGAACCUUCUGCUCCUUCCCAUGGCCCUCGGCGCCGCCAUCGGUGUCCGUGACGACAGCCGCCGCGGCAACUACACUGUCCAGGGCUUGGGCGAGCGCAAGCAGGCCAUCGUCAGCGCCGGCGGUAAUACCAUGGACCUGGCCAUUGCCAUGCUGGAGAACGACAACAUGGACCCCAGCACCUACCCAUACGGCGAUGGAAAGACCGGUGACGCCACCAACUUCGGUAUCUUCAAGCAGAAUUGGAUGAUGUUGCGCACCUCCGCCAGCGAGUUCCUCGGCCAGAAGGUUGAGGAUGUUAAGAACGGCGAGGUCCUGAACACCAACCUCGAAAAGGACAUCAAGGCCCGUCACGACGGUGAGAAGAAGUACGGCUUCGAUGUUUGGUACGCCGGUCAUCGCAACGGCGCGUCCGGUCUCGAGAACCCCAAUACUCAGGAUAUCAACAACUACAAGAGUGCCGUCAAGUGGAUCAAGUCUCAGAUCGAGAGUGACAAGAAAUACCAGAGCGAUGACACCCGUUUCUGGGUUGAUGUCGUUGCUAUCUAA